UCAAUUGCCGAAAAUUAAUGGCGAUGAUGGCUGAAGUUGUUUUUUUUCUCUUGCUAAAAUAGUAAAUAAAUGACAACAACCAGCUCAGCUUAUUUAUAAAGUGGGACGAUUACUUUCUUUAAAACAGUAAAGUUAUUUGGAUCGUUUUUGUUUAGAAUUUGUUUAAAAUGGCUGAUAUUCUAGACAUACUAGAUAUUGAACAUCCUGGUGCAGGAGAAAUCAGCAGAGAUAGCAUUAUUCAUGGGGAUAAAAUAAAGAAAAAGUAUAUAACUGCCAAGAGUGUGAAAAGACCAGAGGGCAUGCACAGAGAAGUUUUUGCAUUGCUUUACAAUGAUUCUAAUAAAGAUUUACCGCCUCUUCUUCCUACGGACUCCGGUAAAGCUUAUAAACAAACCAAGGCUAAAUUGGGCAUGCGGAAAGCCCGCAAAUGGACCUGGGCCCCAUUUAACAAUCCAGCUCGUAAGGAUAAUGCUGUAUUUCACCACUGGAAAAGAGCCUCUGAUGAAGCAAAAGAAUAUCCAUUUGCACAAUUUAACAAGCAAGUAUCAAUACCAUCUUAUACUGAAUCAGAAUAUAAUCAGUACCUGAAAUCUGAAGACUGGAGUCAAGCUGAAACUGAUCAUCUCAUGGACAUGUGUCAACGUUUUGAUCUAAGGUUCAUUGUGAUACAUGACAGAUGGGAUCGUGCGGCUUUUAGGGAUAGGAGCAUUGAAGAUUUGAAAGAGCGUUAUUAUGGCAUAUGUGCUACCCUAAGCAAGGUAAAAACAAACCCAUGGUCAAACACUGUUACCACAGUCAAUGGAGAAAAGCGUAUUUACCAUUAUGAUGCUGAACAUGAAAAAAAGAGGAAAGAGCAGCUCAAGAGAUUAUUCGAUAGAACUCAAGAUCAGAUUGAUGAAGAACAAAUGCUUCUUACUGAAUUGAAGAAAAUUGAGGCUAGGAAACGUGAAAGGGAAAGAAAGACUCAAGAUUUACAAAAACUAAUAUCAAGAGCUGAUAGUGGUAACAUGCCAGUCACAAAUACAGUACCCAACAACACAGAGGCAACCCACACUCCAUCUAAUGUUUCCACCAACAACAUUGUGAGGCGCCAUGAUAGAAAACUUCACAAAAAGAAGUUAUCAACUCAACAGAGGCCAGUUCGUACUAUGGAAACUGUUACUGUAGAAUGGUCGGGGAUUAAAUUCCCAGAGGCACGCAGUACUGGUGUCUGGCUUCGGUCACAACGUAUGAAACUACCCCCUGGGGUUGGACAAAGAAAAACAAAAGCCAUUGAGCAAGAACUACGUCUCAUGAAUAUUGAUAUAGCACCAACACCAACAGAGGCAAUAUGUAAGCACUUCAAUGAACUCAGAUCUGACCUUGCACUUGCUUUGGAUCUAAAGAAUGCAUUAGCUGCAUGUGAAUUUGAUCUGCAAGCUUUAAGACAUCAAUAUGAAGCUCUCAAUCCAGGAAAGACCCUCCCAAUACCAGCUUCAUUAUGCAAUACAACAGAUGGGGAAACAAAACCUAUGGGAGAAAUCAUCGAUGUGGUGGGAUCUCCAAGUGCACUGAAUUCAACUAUAUAGUAUUAUGUACAGCUAUAACCCCUCAUUCCUGUGCUAUUUGGCAUUGAAGAACAGUUUGUGAAGAUAAUUGUGAUUAAUCCUAGCUUUAAAAAUCAUAAAAUACUAGCAAACCCGGCGAACUCCGUUUCGCCACCAGAUGGCUUCGUUUUAUGUAACAUUUCGUUUGGUGAUUAAAAGAAGUUUUUUUUUUAAUUUUUCCUGAACUUUCUUUGCUAUAAACCUCAUGAAGCCCGAGACCUUUCCAACGAAAGCAAAACCGUGGAAAUCGGUUCGUGCGUUCUGGAGUUAUAGCGUCAGGAAGGAAAACCCGACUUAUUUUUAUCAUAAAAUAUAAAUGAAUACACAAAAUUUUCUGAAAUCUUUUAUUUUGUUACUAGAUAGCUCCCUUUGGGGCACCAUAUGCAUCUGGCAUCCUUUCAAUAGUGUAUUUAUGCUGUGCAACAUACAUAAUUGGAACACCAGGUAUCUUUCUUAUUCGUCUUUUUAAAUCUUUGUCAUUAGUGGCUACUAUAUAGCACUUAUGCUGAGUAACUCUUUGAACUAUACAGUCAUCUGCAUAGGUCCCUUUAUGUAGACAUGCAAUACGCUCAAAUCGAGGGUCCUUUAUAAUUCUUAAUGCAACCCUAUACUUUCUUCCUAAUUUUUCUAAUUCACCCAAAACACAAUCAGUUAUAUAUGGUAUACACUUUGCAUAAAGACAAUCCAUCAUAUUUUGUACUAUAUCUAGUUUGUUCUUGAUAGAGAAGUUAAUGAAAUUAGUGUCAAUAAGGAUGUGAUAAGGUGGCCCUAACUGAGUAUUAUAUUGAAAAAAUAAGGCAGAACUCGCUUGUGGCACUUCUCGAACUUUUAUCUCAUGUGGGUCUUCUCGUUUUUUCUUCUUUGGAUCAGCUCUUUUUUCAGCCUUAAUGCGAUUAUCACUGGGGCUGAUCAGUUUUUUCAUUUUCGCGAAUCUUUUUUCCACAAUUUUUCUUGUCUUGCGCUGUUUACCCUUGAAAUGAAACAUUAAUGAAUAAAAUAAAUGAAAGAUAUAAAAUGAAUAAGAAAUAUAACCACUCAACUUACCAUGUUAAUAACUUUUGAAGAAAAACCUUGAAAAAAGACCUAUGUGUAUUACUAUAGAACUGAUGAAUUCAAGGUUUUGAGCAUAUAAAUUUUUCAAAAACGAUAGGACCUUGUUUCUAAAGUUGCAAUGUUGUUAACAAGAAAGCAUUAAAACUAUUCCUCACAGAAACAAUAACUGUUGACCUCUCCGUACCCUGUACCUGAAAAAAACAAAUAAUAGUUUAUUAUGUUGGGCCGGUAUCAAACGAAAUAGUCUUUCGAUAUUGUCUUCACUGAAUUAUUUAUACCACGCAGAGGUACCUUUUAUUUUGAUUUUGGGGUUAGGUCACAGUAGGCACCAGGGUUGCCAGAUGU